AUGGAAGACAAGAUUCAGCAACUAGUGGAAAGGUCAAACAAGGAGAGCAAGGAGAACGAGAGGAAAAACGGAAUGGAAAUCAACCGUUUUCGUGGGGGAGGCAAAGUUCCUCUCGUCAUAAGUUUUACUGAGAAUUGUAAAAGAUCCCAUGAGGAUUUAAUGAGAGAAUUCACCGACAGCUAUGACUCUCUUGUUAUGAAAAAUUCCAGGGACAUACCUCAAAUACACCAAAUUUAUUCCGAGGUUUUUCUUGUCUUCGUGGAUUUUAACGAACGUAACAUCAUACUGGAAGGGGACAGAGAACCACAGCAAAUUAGAAAGGAGACAGUAGAAUAUAUAAGGAAUAUGGGAAGAACCGCUGUGGUGAUAUACCACUUACAUCCCGACUCCGGGACACUAGAGGACGGUCGUCUGUACUCCAGGAAACUGACCUCUAUAGAAUACCAUCCCACACUGAAGCAGUUGUCAUCUAGAGACUGUGUUCUGAGUAUUUAUCGACAAUUCUCCGAAGAUCAAAAAGCGCGUCUCAAAGAUAUUUGUGAUUUAUGA